AAUUAAAUCCACUCUUUGGAAAAACUCUUUCACGUUCACUAUUGAGCAGUAGAGUGUGUACCUGCCUCUUUAAGACAGAGCUGAGCAAAGAUGAAGAGAAGGAGGGAGAAAGCUGAGAAUCCUGUUUGCUGUUCUUUUCCCAGACUUGCUUACUCUAAGGUUUUAGAGCUGGUAGGGAUGCAGGAGUUAGUUGCUGGUGUAGAGAAACUCACCUUUGAUUUGGAAAGAGAUGUUGCUACACAGAGAGGUGCCAUGCCAUUACCAUUUGUUGGAAUGGAUAAAUCUGGGGCUGCUGUAUGUGAAUUUUUCCCCUUGGGAAUUUGUAAAAAUGGACCUCUAUGCCCUUUUCGUCAUGUCACUGGUGAAAAGACCAUUGUAUGCAAACACUGGCUACGGGGACUCUGCAAGAAAGGGGAUCACUGUGAGUUUCUGCAUGAGUAUGAUAUGACAAAGAUGCCAGAAUGCUACUUCUAUUCCAAAUAUGGUGAAUGUAGUAAUCGAGAAUGCCCAUUUCUGCACAUCGAUCCAGCAUCUAAAGUCAAGGACUGCCCAUGGUAUGACCGCGGCUUCUGUAGGCAUGGGCCACUGUGUAAACACAAGCACACUCGGAGAGUCAUGUGUACCAACUAUCUAGUAGGAUUCUGCCAUGAAGGACCAAAUUGUAAAUUUGUCCAUCCUAAACUUGAUCUGCCUCAGUCUUAUGUUGAGCAGUUGAAGAAUGGAAAGACCCAUGGUCUGCGAGACGUCGAAUACAUGAAAUCCAGCCAUGCACAGAUGUCUAUACCUUCUGCUCCACCUUCUAUAAUGGAUGAUAUGGUGCCAUUUCCAAGAUCUCAGCCAUUACUGCUGCUGCAUGGGAUGCCACAGUUUAAUCAGCUCUCUGCUAUGAGCCUCAUGCAUUAUCAGCUUCGAAACAUACAGGAAGUCAUGGCAGCAUCAGCCCGAUGUGGAAUCAGGCCUCUUGAACAGGUGACAUGUUUCAAGUGUGGCGACAAAGGUCACUAUGCCAACAAGUGUGGAAAAAAGCAUGUUGGAGUGCUUGUAGAAUAGAGAAAUUUCAAGCAAGAAUGGUGAAAAUGACUAUUUGUUGAAGAGUUUAUAUUAACAAUGGUUUGUUUAUUAUAUCUUGAUGGAAAAAAAUGAGAAAAUUAAUUCUGGAGUUCAGUAUAAAAAGUAGCUUAUAUCUUUCUGAUUAAUUGCUGUUUGUUGUGUGUGACAUUUACCGGUCAGGGAAAGCGUUGUGCAUGUACAAUAAAAGCCUGCUUUGCUUGAAUCUUAAGGAAUUUAAAUGCCUAUAUAUGUUUGUCACAGCCUGUUUCUGACUGUCUUUUUCUUUUUACCUGAUGUUUACAGAUAAUUGGCCAAUGCUUAAGUUCACAACUGUACUUUAAUGAAAGCACUCUUCCAUCCUGCAUUUGGAGAAUUAAGUAGUAUAACAUUUUUAAGAGGCAGUGCUGUGAUUGUAUUUUUAACUGUGUACUUAUUUUUGUGUUGACUUUCACACGUCAAAGCAAUACUGUAGUUUACCAAUAAACAGUGUUUUUGCACAA